AUGCCCGACAUUGUGAAGAUCGCAGGAGACCAUAUCCUUAUAUACGAAGCUUACUAUAAACAGCUGGACCCAAAAGAAUCGAACGAAAUCGGUGCGCUAGAUGCGGCAAAAUUCCUCAAGAAGUCCGGCCUUAGUGAUGUCGUGCUCAGUCGCAUUUGGGAUAUGUCGGAUCCGAACGGCAAAGGGUUCCUGACGAAGGAGGGAUUUUUCGUUUCACUAAAGCUGAUCGGUUUGGCACAAGAAGGAUCUGAUAUUAACCUGAAAAACAUCUACAAUUUGCUAUCGAAACCGCCGAGAGUGGGUGAUUUACCAAAGGUGCCCGCACAGGUAAAAAUGCUCCCAGCCGAAAGCAUGGACUGGGCGAUGAAACCGGAAAAGCGGCAACAGUACGAGCAACUGUUCGAUUCCUUGGGACCCAUGAAUGGACUGCUUCCGGGUGCAAAAGUACGAAUGACCUUGAUGAAUUCAAAACUGCCGGUCGACACGCUUGGUCGCAUCUGGGACUUGGCCGAUCAGGAUCGUGAUGGCAGCCUCGAUAAGCACGAGUUUUGCGUAGCCAUGCAUCUGGUGUACGAGGCGUUGGAUAAGCGCGCCAUUCCAGCCGUACUACCACCGCAAUUGCAGCGUAAUUACAGCUCACAAUCGGCACCGAACGGUGGCGGGUUCGAUGCCUUCGGUAGCGGUGCUGCUGACGGAGGAGGAUUUGUGGCCAAUUUUCCGACCGACAUUGCACCACCACCGGUAGUGCCACCGUUGCCAGCCGCCCUUGCCCGACCGCCACCGAUGGCAGGAAUGGCUCCUGUUAUCCCACCCGUGCCGAUGGUGCCGUUGAUUUCGGGAUCCGGUCCGUUGGAGGUGACCAGCUGGGUCGUAUCUCCGCUGGAGCGCUGCAAGUACGAGGAAAUUUUCAACAAGAGCGACACCGAUCGAGACGGGCUCGUGUCGGGAUUGGAGAUCAAAGACGUGUUUAUUCAAUCUGGAGUUACACAAGGCAAGUUAGCGCAUAUCUGGGCGCUCUGCGAUACACACCAAUCGGGCAAACUGAAGUUGGAAGAGUUCUGUUUAGCCAUGUGGUUUGUCGAUCGCGCUAAAAAGGGCAUCGAUCCGCCACAGGCACUGGCUCCGAACAUGGUUCCGCCGAGUUUGAGAAAAAGCUCCAUCAUCCAACCACAGGAACCGGCACAACCGACAUACAGCAACCCCGAGCUCGAGAUGAUAUCCAAAGAAAUUGAUGAGCUUGCCAAAGAGCGGCGUCUGCUGGAACAGGAGGUUGCCCAGAAGGAGGCUGACGUACGAAUCAAGAGUGGGGAGCUACGCAGCUUACAAAGUGAACUGGACACGUUAACGGCAACAUUGAAGCAACUGGAAAACCAAAAAGGUGAAGCACAAAAGCGUUUGGAUGAUCUUAAGAAUCAGCAAGUAGAUGUAGAUCAGGCCCUGCAAGGGGUAGUGUGCAGCAUUGACGAUGCCCGUCAACAGGUUAACAAAAUUCGAGAACAGUGCCAGAAGCAAGAAGCAACGCUCAAGGAGCAAGAAGGUGAGCUGGACUCGCGCCGUUCCGAGUUGCAGAAGUUAAAGGAUGAGGAACAAUCGCUUGAAAAAGAGUACAACGCAGGCACCAAAGAGGUCGACAAGCUUACGUCACAGCUGCAAGAUACGCAGCUAGAGAUUAGCCAGGUUAAAGCCAUGGUUACACAGAUCCAGGAAUACCAGCGCCAAAUGACGGAUGCCCUGUCGAUGUUCCGUUCUGCGAUCGAUUCAAACGAUCCGAUUCUGGUGUCCGAUUACUCGCUCAAGAUCGAACCGGAGUUCCGUGAAGCCAAACUGGCGCUUGAAGAAAAAGAGGUAGAGAAUGCGAACAAGCGUGAUCCGUUCGGUGACAACAGGUCGAACGGAUUUAAUCCUGAGGAAACGGAAACCGGCUUCGGGGAUGAUUUCAAAGCCAACGGUUUCACCACCCAGUUUGACACAAGUUCGAAUGGAGGCUUCCACCACGGUACCACCGGAGGUUUCGGUGACGAAGGAUUCGGGGCGUUCGGUGCGAAAACCAACGCCACAGGUGCGGAUCCGUUUGCGUCUGCUGCAUCCGAUCCAUUCGGCGAACGGAAAGGCAGUGGAGUAGAGCCCUCCAAAGAUGAGUUCGGAUGCGAUCCGUUUGCCAUACUUCACGCUCCGACCACUGCCGGUCAAGCACUGUCACCAAGUCCCAGCAAAUCCACUGCUCCGCCUCGUCCGGAAUCGCCGAGUCCAGCCUUGCCACCUAAGAAGGCGAAGCAACCGCCACCGCGGCCGGCUCCGCCACGACCAAUGCAGGGUCCUACACCUACCAAACCUGCACCACCGGCGUCGGAUGCUUUCGGUGAUAGUAGCGGCGGUGGCAGCUUUGCCAACUUUGCCGACUUCGACAAUAAGAAUCUCAAACCCACGAGCUCACAAGCGCAAGGAUCUUUUGCAUCCAGCGAUCUCGCGUUUGGUAGCAACCGGUCGUUGACGGGUAAUUCAUUGUCGUCCGUCUCCGGAACACCAACCGCCAUGAUAACCAUCGAAGCACCCACGCCACCAGGGCCAGUCGUCUCUCCAGUCGCAAUGCCAAUUGCUGCGGUUCACCUUUCGGCUGCACCAACUCCCACGCCGGUUGCUGACUUUGCGGAUGAUCCGUUCAAGGACUACCGGUACGAGGAUCCGUUCAGCAUCGAGGAUCCGUUCGCUGACACCGAGGAUAAUGCAACGCCAUCCGAUGAUCCUUUUGCAUCCGUUUCCAAUCCGGGAAGCAACAACAACAACGUCCUAUCGAGCGGAUUUGAUGCCAAGUUCAGCAAGUCUUCCAACACCUCGGUGGAGGAGCUGGACGAGUUGUUCCGAGGUGUCCGUAUGGAGGCAGAUGGCGCACACAAUACCGGCACUAGUCCUUUCGGGUUAAAUAGCAGCAACAACCGACUGAACAAUAAUACUCUCUCCAGCGGGGGGUCGAUUGAAAGGACGAAAUCGUCAAUCUCCCAUACCGGCCCUGCGGCAGACCCGUUCGAUGCAUUUAACGAUAACUUCACGAAGAACACCAACAAAACAUCCGAUUCGUUGUUCGGUGCGUUCGGUAAUGGUAGCGGCGAUGUGAAGAACAAAAGCAGUGCUAGCAGUGACAUCCUGUUCGAUGCAUUCCGCACUACGGCUACCUCUCCGGCGUCAGUUCUUUCCGUAAUGGCUGUCUCGUCACCUGCUGUUGCGGUGACAUCGGCGUCUUCGGUGAAAUCCUUCGAGGACGAGUUCUCCAAGAUGGACACCGCAAAUGUGCUCAACAACAACACGAGCAUGGCGGCCGCGUUUGGCAAUGGCAACGAGUUUGAGGCCAAGUUUGACGAUGCGUUUAGUGCAUUUAGUAAUGGCAAUAAUUCAAACAGCAAUCACUAUGGUAUCGCAUUUGGGGCGACACUUCCGCCUCCGGCUAGCAAAACGAAAGUGACAGCAAAUGGGCCUUCGACGGGUAGUUUAAAGAAGGUACCCAACAGCGUCGAUGCUUCCGGCACACAGCCGGACAGAUUUAACGCUGAUUACUCGAAAGGGGACUCAUUCGAUGCGGAUCUGCAGGCGGUGCUGCAGCGUUCGCUGGUCGAGAAGUGA